CAUGACCUCGCACGUCCACUCCCUGCUCCAAAUCGAUAUUCCUGCUUAUUGGAAAUGUCACCAAAGAACAUCGUCAUCCUCGGAGGCUCCUACGGCGGUCUAUCAACAACCCACUAUCUCCUAAAACUUGUCCUCCCAGCACUCCCUCCUCAAGAUGCAUAUCAAAUUAUCGUGAUCAGUGCUUCCUCGCAGGCCAUGUGCCGACAAGCCUGUCCUCGAGCAAUGAUCUCCGACGACAUGUUCCCGCAAGACAAGCUCUUCGUCAAUAUACCUGACCAAUUUGCACAAUAUCCGAAAGAUCAGUUUCGCUUUGUCCAUGGAACUGCCACACGAGUCGACCAUAUCAACCGGACGGUUCUCAUUGCCUCAAGUGCAGCGAAGGAGAUGACGUUGAUUGAUUUUCACUCUCUGGUCAUCGCCACUGGCGCUUCAAGCCCUUCUCCCCUCCUUGGUCUGAACCAGGAUGAAGCAUUUCUUCACAAGCAGUGGGACUUAUUUCGCAGCGCGCUCCCAGCCGCCAAACGCAUUGUGAUCGCGGGUGGAGGGCCAGCUGGGAUAGAGACAGCCGGUGAACUGGGGGAAUACCUCAACGGUCGGGCAGGAUGGUUCAGUUCCAAAGCAGCAAAGCCCAAAGUGUCAAUCACCGUCGUGACAAGCGGAUCACAGAUCCUUCCUGCUCUCCGACCAGCCCUAGCAACAAAAGCCGAGAAAUACCUCGCCGAUGUCGGUGUGACCGUCCUAAAAAACACACGAGUAAAAGCCAUAUCGCCCCCAGACGUAGGAACACAGAACGUCGCAUCCAAAGCAACAAUCACUCUCGACAAUGGCAAGCUCCUAGAAGCAGAUAUAUACAUCCCCGCAACUGGCACAACGCCCAACACGAGCUUCAUCGACCCAAGUCUCCUAUCAACCGAUCACCGGAUUAACACAAACAAUACCUUCCGCGUCGAGAAAGCCGGUCCGCAUAUCUACGCUAUCGGAGACGUGGCUGGGAAUGUGCAAUACCCUACGGUGCAUAUUAUAUUGAAUUCGAUUCCGGUUCUCUGUGCUAAUAUGAAGAUGGAUUUGCGUCUCGCGGCGGGGGUCGAGCCGAGUAAGGUGGGACAGGAUAGGGUGUUCGAGGAGGAUACCCGAAUUAAUCAGAUGGUGCCGAUUGGACGGAGUAAGGGAGUUGGAGAGGCCAUGGGGUUUCAGUUGCCCAGUUGGUUGGUGUGGUUGGUGAAGGGGAGGGAUUAUUGGUUGUGGACUACGGGGAUGUUGUGGAGUGGGAGGCAGUGGGGGAGGGAGAAGUGAU